AAGCACUCUAAACUGCUGAGCUGACAGAGCUGACAGAUUUUUAAAGAGGUUACGUUACGUGUUUGUACGAAAUUUUAAAUUUGUUUUUUUAUUUGAUUAAAAUAGUGAUUAUUUGUUGAGUGUGAAAAAUGCCGAAAAAGAAAACGGGCCAAAGAAGGAAAGCUGAGAAGCAGCGUUUAAGACAAAAAGAAAUAAGGACAGGAAAAACUCAAGUGGACUUGGCGAAAUUACCUUGCAAUGCUGUGAUGGAAUGCGACAAGUGCAACAAAAAGCAAAAAAGUCGCGCUUUUUGCUACUUUUGCCAAAAUAUACAACGAUUGCCUAUUUGUGCUCACUGUGGAAAAGUAAAAUGCAUGUUGAAAACAGGAGACUGUGUUGUGAAACAUGCUGGUGUCUUUACGACUGGAUUAGGAAUGGUCGGGGCGAUUUGUGAUCACUGCGAGGCAUGGGUUUGUCACGGAAGACGUUGCUUGACAUCGCACUCCUGCACCUGUCCGUUGAUCGACGCAGUGUGUCAGGAGUGCGAGCGGAGUGUCUGGGACCACGGAGGACGAAUUUUUCGCUGCAGUUUCUGCGACUGUUUCCUCUGCGAGGACGACCAAUUUGAGCACCAAGCCUCCUGCCAGGUCCUCGAGGCGGAGAGCUUCAAGUGCCAAUCUUGCAACAAGUUGGGACAAUAUUCCUGUCUGAGAUGCAAAACGUGCUACUGUGAAGAUCACGUCAGGAGGAAGGGAUUCAAGUAUGAGAAGAACAAGAGCAUUCCCUGUCCAAAGUGCAGCUACGAAACUUCCCAGACGAAGGAUCUCAGCAUGUCGACGAGGACCCACAAGUUUGGAAGACAGAAUAUGAGUGGGAUGUACGAAUCUGAUGAGGAAAACGAGGGAUACAGUUAUGGAGCCAGCAGCUAUAGUUAUGGCAACGAUGAUAUUUCCGACGAUGAUGAUUCCGAGGAAGACGACGAUGACGAUGAAGACGAUGAAGAAGAAAGCGAGGACGAGAAGGAGGAAGAAGCAUCUGGUGAAAAGGAUUCCAAGGAAAAGAAAAAGGAUCCAUAAGUUUUUCCGUCUUGAAACUAUUAAAUGAUAUGUUGGAAGCAAUAAAAAUCACUUUCUGUAAAUACAAAAUGUGCUCAUUUCAACACUUUAAACCUUGAUUACUCAUAAAUAACUAUAUUCAAA